AUGGACCUAAACUCUGAAUACUAUCAAACCGCAUUCAGCAAACCUACUGUAACAGCGGAACAUCCACAACGACAACUACUUAUAAUCGAUCCCAAUGGCACCAUCGUAUCACGCGGCAAGCUCAAGGACAUGAAGGUCCGGCCAAUGCCAAAGAACUUCUUAGAGUUUUGCUUUACGAAUUUCGAGGUCAUGGUCUGGAGCUCAGCUCAAGCUACUUCUGUAAGCGACAUGUGCCAUCUUUUUGGAGAGUAUCGCAAACGCUUGAAGCUCAUUUGGAGUCGCGAAGAUUUCGGAUUGGCAUCUAAACAAUUCUACGACGACACAGAACUUGUGAAGGAUCUUUCUCGUGUUUGGUGGACUCUAAAGGAUUUUGGGCCUACAAACACCAUUCUUCUUGAUGACUAUUCGGCAAAAUCCAACUUACACCCUUACAACAGUAUUAUUCUCAAGACGUUUAACCACAAAGAGCACGCGGAAUUAUUGAAUGGAGAUGGAGAGUUAGCUGGUGUAAUGAAAUACCUAGACAAAUUACGGUAUCAAACCAACGUUGCAAACUAUAUA